GACCCUUGGAUGCACCCCACAUUCUUCUGGCGAUCUUGCAAUCACUCCGCAUCUUCUCCACGUUUUUCUUGGUCUGCGGUCUCAACCAACAUCCUCCAUAUCAUCUUAGCCACUCGCGCAAGAUGGCAAAACAAUACUUCUUUGGCCUCACUGGCCACAAGUUGAGGACUGCGCAGCUUUGGGCUGUCAUCAUGCCUGCCUUUAUACUGUUCGGAUACAACCAAGCCGUCGCUGGAGGUCUCCUUGGCCUUCCGACGUGGAUUGCAACGUUUCCACGAAUCGAUACUUCUACUGGCAACGCCGCACUGAACACCCACAACUCCCGCAUCCAGGGCGCUGUCGUGGCAUUAUACACCCUGGGGGCAAUGUUCGGCGCGCUCUCUUGCAUCCCUCUUGGUGACCGACUAGGCCGCCUCCGGAUGAUGCAGCUCGGAUCUGCUGUACACAUUGUCGGCUCCAUCCUUCAAGCCUCGUCGUUUUCCCUGGGCCAGCUGAUCGUCGGCCGCUUGAUUGCCGGUCUUGGAUUCGGCGCCCUCUCCGCCACUGCUCCCAAUUGGCAGAGUGAAUGCUCACUUGCACAACAUCGUGGCGCCACCGUCAUCAUGGAAAGCGUCUUCAUCAGCUUGGGACUCGCCAUCGCCGCAUGGGUGACGUUGGGUACCAGUUUCAUCGCCUCUUCCGCAAGCUGGAGGUUCCCUCUGGCUUUGAGCUCUCUCUGGGCCAUCAUUACGAUCAUCACCUCCGCCAUGAUGCCCGAGAGCCCGCGUUGGCUCCUGAAAAGAGGUCGGGUGGAGGAUGCCCGCCAAGUCAUGGCAGCUUUGAACGGCAUUCAGCCAGAGGACCCCCAAAUUCAAGCCGACAUUGAUGAGAUUAAUCAGUCCCUCAGGGUUGCAGGGAAUGCCCGCUUUGUCGAUAUCUUCAAGAUGGGAGAGCUCAGGUUGUUCAACCGCGCUGCGUUGGCCUGUGCUGGUCAAAUGUUUCAGCAGCUCACCGGCAUCAAUGCCCUCGCCUUCUACCUCGCCACCAUAUUUCACACCUAUCUCGGUCUUACGGGCUUCCAAGCUGGAAUUGUUGCGGCGUCAACUUUCACAUUCCAAAUGGUGUGCUCGCCAAUUGGAGUACUCACUGUCGACCGUUUCGGAAGGAGAAAGCUGAUGAUGGUAUCCGCGUUUGGCAUGGGAGCUUGCAUGGCUAUUGUCGCCGGUACUACAAGCCAGACAAACAACAAAGCGGCCUCUGGAGUGGCAGGAGCCAUGAUCUUCCUCUUUUCGCUCUUCUUCCCCGUUGGCUUCCUCGGCAUGACGUUCUUGUACGCCAGCGAGAUUGCUCCCAACACGGUUCGGGUGCAGAUUACCAGCUUGAGCACGGCGACGGCCUGGGUCUUUAACUUUAUGGUUGCUCUCGUGACUCCGGUCGGAUUUGCCACCAUUGGCUGGAGGUACUUCAUCGUCUGGGCUUGCAUGAAUUGGUUCUUGCUUCUACCAUGCGUGUACUUCUUCUUCCCUGAGACUGCCGGGAGACAUCUCGAAGAAGUCGACGAGAUCUUCCGCAACAGCAAGAACAUCUUCGACCCAGUCAAGCAAGCUCGCUACUUCGUUCCCCACCGCCCUUUCGAAAGUGAGGAAGCAGGCAGCGACAAUGUCGUCAGGGAGAAAGUGGCAAUGAAAUACGAUGAGCAGUGAUAUGUGGAAGAUGACGAAGCUGAAGACCAGAUCGGGGGUUGAUAUGACU